UCAACGAGUUCAAGUAGGAGUCUUCAUUUGUCUGUCAUUUUGUUAUAUGUCACAGUCAGUAUUCCCUUUCCUUCCAUCGUAAAUCCGAAAAUCGAAAUUGAAAAAAAAAAGCAACGGUCGGCGAGUAGAAGAUGGUGGCAAUUCAGGAAAUAAAGAUUUCACAGUUUGAAGUUGGAAGAAGAUAAGUGAAACACUAGUAAUGGAGAAGCGGCUUCGCUCUUGUAUAAAAUCCUCAGCACAAGAAUUCUUGGACUCGGCGACGAAACUCGCUCCCAAAUCCUCAAAGCCAGCUCUGAAAACCCUAAUUUAUGGCGUCAAACCCUCCUCGGACCUCUGCUCCUCGCUCCCUCUUGCUCUUAACCACUCCAUUUCUCGUUCCAUUCAAUCUUUCCGGAACCUUCUCGAUCCGGAGACUGAUCCCCAGCCUCCCGAGUCGCCGCCGCCUCACUCACCUCCCACCAAGCGUCUCCGAAGAUCUUCGCGGCAACCCAAGACCGAGGUCGAAUCCAGUUCGGAUCUUAAGAUGGAGCCGGAUGUUGAUGAUGAGAAGCACAGAGUUCUUCAAAGUCUUCAAAUUUUUGCUUGUAUCGCUCGUUUAUGCGUUUCGCACCCUCAAAGCGCGUUCUUGGCGUUGGAUUUGUUGCCUGGUGUUCAAGCUCUGCACGAAAGUUUGAUCCUUUUCGAGUCGGAUUUGGUAUUGUCGUCGGAGAUUGUGAAUUUGUGCGAAGAGUGGUGGAAGGAGGGUUUGGAAGGUCGAGAAUCGCUGAUUUCGCAGUCUCUCCCUUUCUUGCUUUCGAGGUCUCUAACUGAGAGAAAGAAGCAGGAUAUUCACAGAGUCUAUUCGCUCCGUGAGGCAUUUAACCUGUUUGAUUUCGAGGACGACAGCAUUGAGGACCUCAAGGUCUUAUUGGUUCGGUGCGUGAUUGCACCAUUGUAUAUAAAAACAGAGGAAGGAAGGCGAUUCAUUGCCUUCACAUUUGGAUUGAGCACGCAAUUGUUAAAGGAGUUGUUAGCCAUGAUUAGGUCCCAAAUUCCAUUUGGAAGAAAGUCGAUGCUGGAAGCUUAUGGGGACAUUUUGUUCCGGGCGUGGAAAACGGCUGAGGGGGAAUCUAAGGAUGAGAUUGAGAAUGGGUUUUUGCAGAGUCUGAUUGAGGGUGCCAUACAUGCAAGUUCGGUGGGGUUCGCUGCUUCUGUUAGGAAGGUUUUGGGAACUUUUGUAAACCAGCGUACUAAUGAUGGAGUUGAAAAACUUCUGUUCCAGCUUGCUGAGCCUGUAAUAUUCCGGUCUCUACAGGUUGCUAAUUCAAAUGUUCGUCAUAAUGCAUUGCAUAUACUUCUGGACUUGUUCCCUCUUGAAGAUCCUGAUUCCACAAAAGAGGUGAAAGAUUCAUUGCUUGAUAAACAAUUCUAUUUGUUGGAGAAAUUACUCAUGGAUGGUUGCCUAGAUGUUAGAGUGGUAGCAGUGGAAGGUUGUUGUCGCGUCCUUCAUCUAUUUUGGGAAAUUAUACCAUCACCAACCAUCACAAAAAUAAUUAGAAUAAUUUUUGACGACAUGUCACAUGAUAUCUCCUAUGAAGUCAGGCUGUCCACAUUGAAUGGCAUCAUAUAUUUGUUUGGAAAUCCUGAGUCUCAUGAAAUUCUUAAAGUGCUUCUACCAAGACUGGGGCAUUUGAUCUUGGAUAAUGUCCUUUCCAUACGGCUUGCUAUGGUAGAUCUUCUCCUUCUUAUAAGGGAUAUUCGAAAUUUUCAGUUUAAUAAGGUUGUGAAGUUAGAUGUGUUAUUAUCUACACUUGCUGCUGAUCAACCCCAUGUUGCUCAGAAAAUCACAAGAUUGCUUAUGCCAUCUUAUUUUCCCUCUAAAACAUCAAUUGAUGAAGCUUGCAAUCGCUGUGUUACACUUAUUAAAAGAUCUCCAAUGGCUGGAGCAAGGUUCUGUGAAUUUGCUGUAUUAGAAGGGGCAUCUCUUAAGUCCCUCUUGGAACUUGUCAGAGCAUUCCUUAGCUUGAUCUUGUCAACUGAUAAGCUGGAUACUGAAUGCAUUGAUGGUUUACUUGUUGCUGCUUCCCACCUCUGCAGCACCCUUUCCUGUGAGCCAUAUUACAAAAAUGCUCUUAAGGAACUUCUUUCUGGUGAAAAGUUAAAGUGCUUGUUUGCUAGUGCCUCUAGUAGGCGUGCUCAAUCAUGCAUAGUUGACAUUGUUUCCACCAUCUGUGUGGCUGAUGUGGCUGGGCUUCUAGAUUUAUGUGUGGAUCGAGUCACAAAUUGUACUGGUUUAUCGCAAGAUGUGGAAAGGCAAGCUGAAGUGAGGUCUGUUCACAAGCUACUAAUAUCUUGUGGUGGCUUUGAUGAUAUGUUUGAAUCUCUAACAUCGCUUCUGCAAAAAAUUGCUUAUCGUUGCCAUAUUAAAUUUGGAAUUGAAAUGCCAAAGAUGAAUGUUUCCUCUGCAAAAAGAAAGAGAUAUAAGUUCUCUGGAAAAUUGUCAGCACCAUGGAAAAAUGUCAGUGGAAAAAAGCCAUCCAAUUUUGAGGAUGACUAUUCUGUUGCUGUAGGAAUAGCCUGGCAAAUAAACGACAUGCUUAAAUCUGAGGACACUCAGAAAGCUAUAUUGGAAUCUCAAGCUUUAGAAUCAUCAUUUUUAGCUUUAAAAUUCAUUUCUGAGGUCAGCAUUUUGCAGUGCACGCACAGUGAAAAUAUGGAUGUAUUACCUGUUUUGGCAUAUACAGCUCUUUCUCUUCAUAUGACUCUUCAAAAUGUUAGCAUAAGAAGUUCAAAAGACUCCGGUAUUAAGAAGAAUGAAAGCUCUGAUUCUUCAAAAUCAAGUACAAAGACAGUGUUGGAACAGACAUUAAGUCACAUACUUUACUGUACAGAGAAGCUCUUUGGAGCUGGUGGCUCUGACAGAUCAGGCAAAUCACCUUCAGCAUCUCAGGAGGCUAACCAUAAAAGGACUCAUUGUUACAAAGAAAGUAACAGUGUUAAAGCAGAUGCAUCUAGUCAUGAUGAACUUAUCUUUACUGAACCAAAAAGUUUAUCAACUACAGUGAAGAUGCUUACUGCAAUUCUCAAGUUCAUGGCUGAUGCCACUGUGAUGGAUUUUGUUUUUCACAAUCAUGAAUGGUGUUUAAAGUUUGCUUCAGGGUAUAUACGAUAUGUCACAUCUACACUACAGCAACAACCCUGCGGCAAAAUCAAUUGUAAAGACGAGUAUGUGAAAGAUAUAAUGCAGUGUUUGAAGAGCUCCUUCACCUAUGCAGCCAAGAUACUUCGUCUAGCUCUUAAAGAUGCUACAGAAGAUUCACCACCUCCUCCACUAGCUUUUGAUCUAGCCAAUGAUCUGCUUGAUAUAACCUUGACUGAAUUGUAUUUGGGCUCUGGUUAUGCUGAAAGGUUUGUGGCAGCUGCUAAGCCUUGGCUACCCGAUUUGAUCCUGGCAUUAGGAUCUAGAAACUUACUGAAACAGAUUGAUGGAGCAGGGACACAAAUGACCACAGCUGAUUGUAUCAAAGGCCAUUUCCCAACAUGGCUAUUGGUUUUAUCCAAGAUUGAGUUGUCUGAGCUGAGUGAAGUUGGCCUUGGAGAAGAUGAUGACAGAAUUUCUAAACCAGAGGAAUUUCUUGCUUUUAAGAAAUUUCUGGGAAUGAUUGUUGAAAUGUUGAAACGAAAUCCUAGCAUACUGGAUGCCGUUGGGGAAAUAUUCUUGAUUGGCUCGGUAGUUGGAUUGGAAGGUAAGGACUUUGGGUUGGUUUUGGGACUUGUACACUUUGUAUGUGUGAAGUUAUUCAAACGUGAUGACGGAGACUGGGGUGAUAUAAUGUUGACUUCUCUGCAGCAUAUAUACCUUAAGAUCGAGAGACAAUUAGAAGAAGAAAAUCUUGAGGUUGGAAGGGAAAAUUUGGAGAGUGCAAGAGCAUUGCUUGAACCUGUUUGGAUGUAUCAUUUGUAUGAAACUGGGAAGGUUUCUAUGAUGGAAGAAUAAUAGUGCCUUUUAAUUAUUUAUUUUUUAUUUAAACAAUAUUAAUAUAUUUAGUUUAAAAUCUAUAAAGUAAUGAAAAAGAAAAAGCAAAACGUUUUUCUUAA